CUCUCUACCUAUACCCGGAUCGGAGUGGGACAUCUGGAUUUGACGGAUCCCUACUUUUGGGUGGUGGCAGUCCCCGGGUGUACAAGGGUCCUUUACGUUUUGUACCAAUAGUCUCAUCUGAUAGUUGGGCAGUAAUGCUGAGCUCUGUCCAGGUUGGUAGUGGGCAUACGACUAUUGGUAUUAAACAACACCUACUCCUAGAUACUGGAAGUAACAACAUGUAUGUUCCGAAACUCUAUUUCAGCUCACUUCUAAGAGAUAUCAGCCAGCAAGCAAGCCAAGCGGCUAAGACUGAGGUGAGAAUCAUUUAUCAACCAAGACAUGGUGUAUGGGCCAUCAACUGUGCUUAUCGCAAGUUCAUGCCGAGCAUUACUUUUGGACUACAAGCUCCAGACGAAGACGUGUUGAUUACCAUUGAUGGGUGGAGCUAUGUCCCGAUGCGAUCCGGAAUAUGUUAUCUCCAAGUUCGAUCUACGGCCGAUGACAUAUGGAUCCUUCCCGACUACACGCUAGUCGGAAAUUACCUCGAGUUUCAAGCAGCCCAGAAUCGUAUUGGCAUUGCCAAGUUAUCUUUGCCUUAGUCCUUGUUGAAGGCUUCGCACCGUGCGAUGAGAUAUUAUUAUGGUUUGUAUUUCGAAAGGUUAGAUCUAUGCGGUCUUGGGAUAUCUUAUGUGAGUUUUCAAAUGGUACUUAUUCCUUGGUGCACACUACUUCAAUGCAUCAUGGUCGAUAACUGGUCGAAAUUUUAUGGUCGAAAUAACAUCAAUUACUAUGAUGUCAAGUUGGUCCGUAGAUUCCUAUGAGCGGAAUUUUCAAUGGUUCAAUAGGAAGAGAAGAAUAUUCCUCUCACCAUAGCUUUCAUCGACGUUUUGUUGAGUGCCCCAGGCAUUCUGCCGAUCAUAUCUGAUUGUAAACCAUCUGUGAGAGUAAUCUCAACGAAAUGCCAGAUUUAUGUAACAGGAUUUGGUCAGCCAUUCCGUUACUGCUAUAUCGGAUGGCUCUCGCUUGAAUGGUAUACACAACGAGUCAC